AUGGGCACACCACGAUACGCCCAUUCUGUAUCGGUGCUUGACGGAUAUUUAUAUGCCAUUGGAGGACACGAUGGAAAAUCAAGUGUGAACACUGUGGAAAGAUUUGAUCCACGUACGGGAAGAUGGGAGUUUGUUCGUCCGAUGUCAACAUGUCGAAGAUAUCUAGGAUCUGCAGUGCUCGAUGGGCACUUGUUACUGCAGCAGCGUGGUGGAGAUAAGUCAUCCCGUGACCUUAGCCCCUCAGUUUGA